CAGUGCACCUUGAACUCGUUAGUGGGUUUUUUCUUUACUUUCCUACUUUUCCUUUGUAAUUAAACCGUUUUAAUCAUGUCUACAUUUCCUUAUCUGCUCCGGUUCUCCCGCACCGACACUAUUCGGUGGAUGUCACGCGUCGGAAGUUCCAGAAUCUUCGCCGUUUCGUCUUUUCAUGCUAAAUGUUUGCACUUAAGUUCGUCUGCCAAUGUAUCAACGAGUCCGACCCGUCCAGACAAACCCAAAGCCAGUCCUUCUGGGGCUAAAGCGGUCCGUAUCGGCUGUGCCUCUGGGUUCUGGGGGGACACGGCCACCUCAGUGCCUCAGCUGAUCCACAGCGGGAAGCUGGACUUCCUGGUGUUCGACUACCUCAGUGAGAUCACCAUGUCUCUGCUCACCGCCGCCAAAACCAAGAUGCCUAAUAUGGGUUACACACCAGACUUCGUCCAAGUCGCCAUCGCUCCGUUUAUCCACGACAUCCAUAAGAAAGGUAUCCGUGUGGUUAGUAACGCGGGCGGGGUGAAUCCUUUGGCCUGUGCCGAGGCCAUACAGGAAGUUAUCAAGAAGGCCGGCCUUGACCUCAAAGUUGCCGUGGUGACUGGUGAUGACCUCAUGCCCCUUAAAAGCACUUUGUCUGAAGUAAAAAUGGCCGACGGAGGCGCCAAACCAUUACCCAGAACCCUCCACAGCAUGAACGCUUACCUGGGGGCUGUUCCCAUUAAGCGCUGCCUGGACUUCGGUGCUGACAUCGUGGUGACGGGACGUUGUGUGGACAGCGCCGUGGCCCUGGGACCCCUCAUGCACACUUUCGGGUGGAAUAGAGGCGAUUAUGACCUACUGGCAGCUGGGAGUCUGGCAGGUCACCUGAUCGAAUGUGGAGCUCAGAGUACAGGAGGAAUCUUCACCGACUGGCACAAAGUUCCUGAUUGGGAUAACAUGGGUUUCCCGGUGGUGGAGUGCUGCAGCGACGGCUCCUUCAUCCUGUCCAAACCCCCUCGGACCGGCGGCCUGGUGUCCUUCGGUACCGUGGCCGAACAGCUGGUGUACGAGAUCGGCGACCCACGGCGCUACCUGCUGCCGGACGUCACCUGCGACUUCAGCCAGGUGGUCAUCAAGGAAAUCCCAGGUGUAGAUGGAGGCGCUGUCAGAGUCACCGGGGCUAAAGGGUUUCCACCAUCAGAACACUACAAGGUUUGUGCCACCUACAUGGACGGUUUCAGAGCGUCGGCAGUGUGUCCGGUUGGAGGACCGAGGGCAGCAGAAAAGGCCCGACGAACCGCAGACAGCAUCAUCAAACGGACAAAGCGGAUGUUAAAGCAUUUGGGGCUGGACGAUUACAGCGCCGUUAACAUCCAGGUCCUGGGAGCCGAGGACACAUACGGACCCAAUGCUCGCUACAAGGGCUCCAGAGAGGCCGUCUUAUGGAUGGGUGUCCAACACAAACAAAAGAAGGCUCUGGAGGUGUUCUCCAGGGAAGUCGCUCCUGCAGGCACAGGCAUGGCUCCUGGACUGACCGGCAUCGUGGGCGGGCGGCCCAGAGUGUCUCCUGUCCUGAAACCGUUUUUCUUCUUACACCCUAAAUCUGAGCUGAAGGUGGACAUUCACAUCAACGGAGACCUGAUGGAAUCCGUGCCGGAGUCUGAGCUGGAAUCACUGGACCAGGACUUCGGUCCACCGUCCACAGAGGAGGAGUCAGACCGAGACCUGCCCAGUGGACCACACAGCUACAGACUGGAGGAACUGGCCUACACCCGGAGUGGAGACAAAGGAGACUCGGCCAACAUCGGUGUCAUUGCUCGUCAUCCACUCUUUUUCCCGUACCUGAAGAAACACCUGACUUCUUCUGUGGUGGAGGACUACUUCUCCCACCUCAUCCAGCCAGGGGUGCACAACGCCGUCACUCGAUACACUCUGCCUGGGAUCCACGGCCUUAACUUUGUCCUGCUGAACUCACUGGGUGGGGGAGGGGUGGCAUCUCUACGCAGCGACCCCCAGGGGAAGGCCUACGGUCAGAUGCUGCUGGACCUGAAGCUGAAGGGUCUGCCUGACCUCAAGUCCCUGGUGGACUGAAACACCCUCAGCUACAAGUACAAGUACAGUUCACCUUAGUUUGAUGUGUUCGCCCACGCUGUAUUAGUUUACAUCAGCCAUAACGCCUUCUGGACUUCUGGACUGUUUAUGUCAAAUGGAACACUGAAUAUGUUUGCAUGUUGUGUGUUUUGAACUCUCUUUGUAAUAUAAGCCAAACACUUGACUGAUUUAUGACAAAAAUAAUCAGUAGAUUAAUUGUAUAUAUUAUUUUUGUAUUAAUCAUGAGGCGUCCACUGCAACAGACUUUAUAAUGUCCUCUGUUUGA